AUGGACCUAUUUCUCUACAAUCCCACCUACCAGGUCUGGAUCUGCACCGCACCUCGCUGCCAGUAUGCCGUCUCACCCCGGACCCUACUGGGCCACCUCCGCACCCGCCACCGGUCCCAUCCUACUGUGGCCACGCCUGCUCUCUGUCAGGCGGUGCUGACCGAGAUGCUCCAGCGGCCAUGGGCAGACCCAAGCCAGGGGCCCUGCCCCCAGCCCUCCACUGGGGACCCCCCCGUGCCAGGCCUGCCAGUGUACCAGGGGCGCGGGUGCCCCCACUGCCCCUACAUCUGCCGGGCCCUGGCCGGGCUUCAGGACCACCGUGCCCGGAAACAUAAGGACCAGGAUGGAUACUGGGGCCAGGGUAAACUUUCAGCAGCUCGGGCCCAGGCCCGGGCCCAGGCCCGCCUGGCAGAUCGUGUGGUUAGCUGCCAGCGGUUCUACCGUGCUGGGCCAGGGAGCCAUUUCUUUGAGAUGACCUGCGCUGCCCAGCCAAGCCAGCAGGCCCUGCUAGCCGCCCCUCAGACCCCUGCUGAGCGCAUCCGCGCUCAUAUAGACCAGGCCCUGCGGGAGGCGGAGGCGGCAGCUACGCUAGUAAAUGGCCAGGUCCCUAGCCUAGAAGGCCACCCAACCGAGGUCUCUCCCUGGCUGGAGCUGACCCGCUGGCCAGAGUACCUACGCGGGCAGGAUCUAACUGCAGUGGCCCUGCUCAGAUGCCCAGCAGACCCAGUGCAGGAGCCCCUGCUUGCCCUAUUCAGUGCUAAGGAAAAGGCACAGAACCAGCUGGACCAGGCCUGUCUCACCCUCUCUAUUGCCCUCCUGGACCAUACCCUGAAGGGGGAUCUCUUUGAAAGCACCCUGGUGGCCUUCCUUGCAGUGCUAGGGGUGGACCCCGCACGCCAGACCUUCCGGGAGCCCUACAGCUAUACCAGUUACCUCUCCGGACUGGUUAAGAUAGCCCAGAUGCUGGUGGCCCUGCAGGCAGUCCACCUAACUAGGGCCGGUGCCGUCAGCCACCCUGCAGAUGCCCUGGAUGAGAUGCGCGAGCGCUUCCUGCUGUAUGGGGUACGUGCCCCCUUUGGCUGGAUCACACGGCUGCGCACCUACGGGAAGAAGAUCCAGAAUAGCACCACCAGCCUAGGCUAUAUCUACUGGAGUGAUGAUGAGCAGACCCUCAGCUAUAAAGACCUGCGGCUCAGCAUGCGGGGGCUACGCCAGUUCAUUGCCGGCCAGGUGCAACUAGCCCAGGCAGACCUGGCACGGCUCUUCCUCCUCCAUGAGGAGGAGAUAAGGGAGGAGAUAGUGCCCCAGCUAGCCCUACAUAAGCUGCAGGAUGACCCCACGAAGAACCAGCGGGGCUGGAACUUCCUGCAGGACCAGCGGACCCGGGCUGCCCUGCCUACCACAGGGGAAUGGUGGCUGCUUGAUCGUGUGCUAGGGACUGACUGGCUCUGGGAGGAGUUCCUGCAGCUACACCAGAUUGGCCAGCAGGACCAGGUGCUCUGGCAGGCAGGGGCAGUAGACCAGUACCUACAGCAGGUAAAAGUAUUCCUAGAGCGCCUGCUUCUGCUAGUCCAUAUGACUGGGGGGCAGCCAGCCCGGGCCACAGAGCUACUCAGCCUGCGCCAUAGCAAUACCCUCCAUGGCCGCCACCGCAAUAUAUUUAUUGAGCACGGGCUCGUGAGCACCGUCACCACCUACCAUAAGGGGUAUUCUAUUAAUAACACCACCAAGAUCAUCCACCGGUAUCUGCCAAAGGCCGUUAGUGAGCUAGUAGUCUACUACCUAUGGCUUAUCCUGCCCUUCUGCCAGGCCCUGCAGAAGCUGGUCUAUGGGCAGAAGGGCCCGGCCUCUGCCUUCCUAUGGCCGGCGGGGGAGGGGAGCUGGGAUAGCAGCCAGCUGCGCAAGGUCCUCCAGCGCGAGGCACGGACCCAUCUACAGACCAAGAUGAAUAUCCUGUCCUACCGGCACGCAGCUAUUGCCAUCUCCCGCGUACACCUGAAAUGCGGGGGGUUUAAGCGGGACUAUGGGGCAGAUGAUGCAGCCUUUAAUGAGCAGGCUAGCCAUGGGUCCUGGAUUGCAGGCACUGUAUAUGCGCGGGGGCUACAGGAGGCACCAGGCCAUGUAGAGGCACGACGGCGCCAAUACCGGGCCAUUAGUCGCGAAUGGCAUGGGUUCCUGGGGUUUGAGACCUACCUAGGGCCCCGUAAACGGCCGGCGCAGGAUGACCUUAGGGUAGGGCAGCCAAAGCAGCAGUGUAUCAUGCAUUGGCGAACUAUUCAUGAGUGGUCCCAGCAGACCCAUCGCGGGCGGGCAGGCCCAAAGGAGAAGGCUAGGGGGGAGGCAGAGCUACAGCAGUCAUUCCAAUAUGUAUCAUGGCAGCAGGUGUUUCCUAGUGGUCUAGGGUCCCACUAUAUCCAUAUUCGCUAUCCAGAUUGGGUCCCCCUACCCCCAUCUAUGCAGGGCGUGCAGGCGGCGGUUAAUGAGGUGGUGCAGGCCUGGGAGCAGGCGCAGGCGCAGGCCAAGGCCGACCAGGCCAUCCAGGCCAGCCAGUUGACUGAUGCGAAUCCAUGGCUGCGGAUGACGAGGUGGGCGGACUAUCUACAAGGCAUCCAGGCAUAUGAUCUGCUUGCCUGCGUGGCAGUGCCAGAGGCAGAUACUGUGGAUGCCACUGAGCAGGGCGUGCAGGUGAUCUGGGAUACUAUGGCGCAGGUCACCCGCAAGAGCCAGCAGACAGUCCAGCAUUGCGGCCAGGCCAUCCGGGUGGAGGCCGUCCGGUCUGAAAAAGGGCAGACCCCGCACCGGCCGUUAUUAGCAUAUAUGGAUGAGGCGGCGAUCCAGAAGCAUGUCCAUCCAUGGCAGCAGAUAUUAGCAUUCAUCGCCCGCACGCAGGCCCCGCACGACUGGACUAGCCCGAAAUAUGGGAUGACAGCACGGCAGCAAUCAAAAUGGCGCCAGCUAUGGCAGCUAGCAAGGCAGCCCGCAGGCAGCCCUGACCCCAACCUCCAUGGCAGCCAGGCUGCAGACCUAGAGGCAUGGGCGAUGACUGCCAUUGAAAAAGCAUGCUUAGAAUUUUGCAUUGAGCUGCUUAACCAGCGCCAUCGCAGCCAUGAAUAUGAGAGUGCGUUAGUAUGCGCCAUGGCAGUGCUCGGGCAGGGAGACACUGGCUGGCGGGAUCCUGAGAGUUACCCACCAAUAUUAUCCCGCGUGAUCAAGAUCGCGCGGUUCAUGAUCGUGCAGAAAGCAUUAUGGAUGGAUCCAAAUCCAUGGCAGAUCAUUCAGACCUGGGCACGGAAGGACCAGAGCGCAGAAUGGGUGCUGGCCAGCGCAGAUGAUCAACUUGGGGAGAUUGAUGAGGGAUAUGGCAGCGAUGACCAGCCAUCCACCCCAGGGCCCCCAUCAUCGCCCCCGUCAUCCGUCCAUAGUGAUGACCCAUUGCCCGCGGUCAACAUUCGCCCGAGCCGCCGGCCAUUCCAGGAGCAGGUUCAUUAUAAUCAUACAGCCCCCGGCCAUGUGACAUGGAUGGGGGAGGACCAACUGUUAUACCAGCAGAUGGCAUUCACCAUGGGCGAUUUCCGGGGGUUCAUCCAUGGAUUGGUGACCGCAGCCUGGGAGAUACUCAGUCAUUUAUGCAUGCAGGAUCAUGCGCGGAUGCCCCCCAUUCCAUGGACGACAUUAUAUGACGAUCCCAGCCAGAGCCAGGCCGGGUGGAACUUUGUGCAGGACGCACGGACCCAGUGGCCGGUGGAUGGGACCCACUGGAUGAUCGACCGGCUGCGGGCCGAGCCGGCCAUGCAGCGGCACUUCCUGCAGGGGGGCCGAUUCCACCCCAGUGCCAUCCAGCAGUAUUGGCAGCGCGUGGCCCAGUUCAAGGAGAAAUUAGCCAUUAUCGUGCAUGCCACCGCGGGGCAGCUGGCCCGGGCCCCAGAGUUAUUAAGCAUUCAGCAUUGCAACACCAUGAAUAGUCAACAGCGGAAUAUAUAUAUUGAGGAUGGCAUGGUUACGUUUGUGACGGCAUAUCAUAAGGGGUUCCAUGUGAGUAAUGAUGUGAAGAUCAUCCAUCGAUAUGUGCCGCGGGAGGUAGGGGAGUUGGUGGUAUGUGCAGGCAGGCCAUGCAGGGAAGCCAGACCGCGCAGGGAAGGCAUGGAACCCACGGCAGCCAGGCCGUCUCCGGGAGGUGCUCAAACGGGAAACCCGCACCUGGCUGGGCACCGCCAUCCAUAUUGCUGCAUACCGGGACAUCGCUAUUGGCAUCAGCCGCCGAUUUUUGCGGCCAUCCACUGCAUUCCCCCAGAAUAUCCAGGAGGCCGAGCCGCCCGCCGCCAUGGAUGCCGAUGCUGA